AUGGCGUCUCCAAACUCCCUAAUUUACUUCCAGGACAAGGUCGUACUGCAUCCGAGGGACGAUCCCAUCAACAUCUUGAGCAUAGAAGCAUCAAGGACGAUAGACAAGUUCAUCCUGGCUUUCCAGCCGUGUGUGCUGGUCAUCGGUCUGUUCACCAACGUGUUUAACGGUGUGGUGUUCUGGCGGCAGGGACUACGCGACCGGAUGAACCUCUGCCUCUUCUGUCUGUCGCUCGCAGACGUCGCCUACCUCAUCACCGUACUCAUUAUCGUCACUGUCAGCUCCCUCAUGGCACAGACUGGCUCUCGUCUGGCAGCUGAGUUCAUUAUCAAGGCGACAGUCUACGGAAUCGGUCUUCUGUUCGGCGCAGCGGCGCUGUCUCGCUUGAUCUCCAUGGUGAUCGCCGUCGAGCGAUGUCUGUGCGUCGUGUUUCCUUUACAAGCCACGUCCCUCAUUCGGACCCGCGCUAUGGCCAGUAUUUUAGUCACCAUCUUUACCUUUGUGCUACUGUGUUAUGCUACGAAGCCGGUUGGUAUGGAAGCUAAAAGUAUUACAGACAAUCUCACCGGUGAGGUACGUUGGCUAACCGGUUUAUCUCCCUUCUAUACGAACAACAAUUUGCUGUGUCAAAUAAUUUAUAAUGUUAUUCCUAGAGUAGUCAUUCCUGUGGGCACUUUUCUGAUCGUUCUAGUUGCUACGUGUAUCACGGUAGUCCGACUGAGAGCCGCAAUGUCUUGGCGUCAACAAGCCAGCUCUAACAGGGGUGAGAACCUAAACCAACAGGUGGUGCUGACCAAGAUGCUCGUGGUCAUCUCGUGCAUCGACAUCACGUGCUCAACGCCAUCUGUCAUUCAAGCGCUGCUCGAGAUUUUCCGCUCUGACUUUCUAACAGGUGGACCUUUGUACAAUCUGUUGAGAACAACAGGAAGUCUGAGCACAGUGUUUGUAUGCAUCAACAGUUCCGUCAACUUCUUCGUUUAUAUCACACGUUCUACUCGCUACCGGCAGGAGUUUCAAAACUUAUGUUGCUCUAGGCUGUCUGUAAUUAAAGUAAAACAGUUAAAUGUUAUACCAUCAAAAACUGGAACCUCACUGACAUAA